UCCCCCAUCAGUUGUACUACACACUAGAGUCCAACAGGUGGCGGUAUUGCGUCCAUCUGCAGGCUGGAUGCCAAGAAGAAGAGAACGAAGGAAAAACGAUCAAUUAAAAAAGCAACAACAGCCGCAGGGAGAAUGGUUAGCAUCCGAGCUAAGUGAGAAGCUAACCCCAGGACACAAGAAGCAAAUGGUUCCCCUUUAGAGAAAAGGAUAAAGGGCGUCAUCUUCAUCAUGUCAGCGUUUACCUGGGAGGUUGUUGAUGAUCACUUUCUCAUUAACAAGGAAGGAAACUUCAACCCUGACAAGAAGAAACCAAAUGACCCAGAGAGGAAAGAACGAGAACGACCAGAACCAAAGCUGAUGACGGAGAUCAAAGAGGAAGAACACCAACAGGUAGAACUGUUUGAUGAUGCAGAGCAGGUUGUUGUGAAACAGGAGACUGACUCCUUCACGGUGAAUCCUCCUCUGGAGAAUACAGAACCAGAUGAGGAACAUCAGCCAGUCAAGGAAGAGCAGGUUGAACUGAGCAUCUCUAACAAGGUGGUGAAGCAGGAGGCCGAAACCUUUACGGUUCCUCCUACUGAGGUUCUCCUCCACGGAGAACCAGAACUUAAGAUGAUCCAGGCGAAGGAGGAACUGGGAUCUGAAGAGGUUAAAGAGGAACAGGAGGAUCUUUCCAGUAAUCCUGAUGAAGACCAGAACCAAAUCCUCUCUACAAACUCAACUGAUGACGACAAUCAGCAAGAAAGUGACCACAGUGAGACGCUGCAUAUUUGCAAAGUGUGUAAGAAAUCCUUUGAAAGUAGCAUUCAUUUGGCCGAUCACACAAGAAGUCACUCUGGUGAAAAACCCUUCCAGUGUCUGUCCUGUGGAAAAGCUUUCACCAAACAAAACAACUUGGCCGUCCACAUUAGAACCCACACAGGCGAGAAGCCGUUCUCCUGCCCCACUUGUGGAAAAGGUUUUACCCAGAAAGGUAACUUGAGCGUUCACAUGGCAACGCACACGGGCGAGAAGCCGUUCUCCUGCUCGACUUGUGGAAAAGGUUUCACUCAGAAAAGUAACCUCCACAUUCACAUGAGAACCCACUCGGGCGAGAAGAUGUUCCCAUGCGAGCUGUGCAGCAAAUCCUUCAGCUUCGGUUGCCAGUUGGCUACUCAUAUGAGAAUGCAUACAGGCGAGAAACCGUUCCUCUGUGUGGCGUGUGGAAAACGCUUCUCACAGCAAAACUACUUGACUGUCCACAUGAAAAUCCACACGGGUGAGAGGCCUUUCUCCUGUCCCACUUGUGGAAAGAGUUUUAUCAAGGAGUGGAACUUGACUGUUCACAUACGAUGCCACACAGGUGAGAAGCCGUAUCCUUGUGAAGUUUGUGGUAAAUCCUUCAUCAAUAAAAGUCAUCUGACCAACCACAUGAGGACUCAUACAUGUGAGAAGCCAUUCUCCUGCCUGACUUGUGGAAAGAGUUUCACCAAACAGGGUAACCUGACCGAUCACAUAAGAAGCCACACAGGCGAGAAGCCAUAUCCGUGCAAAGUGUGCAGCAAGUCGUUUGUCAACAAAAGCCAUUUGACCAACCACUUGAGGACUCACACCGGGGAGAAGCCGUACGACUGCAAGCUGUGUGGCAAAUCUUUCACAGACUGCAGCAGCAUAGCUCAGCACAUGAAAACACACACAGGGGAGAAGCCAUAUCCUUGUGAUGUUUGUGGUAAAUCCUUCCGCAACAGCAAUCACCUGGCUUGUCACGUGAGAACCCACACAGGAGAGAAGCCUUUUUCAUGUCCGAUCUGCAGAAAAAGUUUUACCCAGAAAGGGAACUUGAGUAUUCAUGUGAAAACUCACACAGGCGAGAACACACAAGCGUGAGAAGGAGCAUUCUGCGAUUUAAAUCCUUCUGUUCAACAUGUGUAUAUAGUACAACUAUUGUUAUCUUAGCCUUCUGAGAAAAAUACUUAAGUCUAAAGCUGUUUUCAUACCUGAUGGUCCGGUAGACUCGGUUCUGUUCAAGUAGGGAUGUCUGGAAACCAAGUUGGUUUUUCUCAAGAGCCAUGAAAAUUCAACUUGUUCUUUUUUAAAAUAUCACCAGCUCACUUCUCUGCAUCAGACUUUCACUGAUUUAUUUAUUGUCAUAAGAUGCUUGUUGUAACCGACAAUAUCAGAAAACUUAAUAAGCACUUAGAAAAACUGGUUUUUCAAAAUAAGAGCAUCAACAUAAAUCACACUGUUUGAAUAACUAGGGAAUUUUAUGAGAUGUUUCUAAAUAUUUCCACCUUACCAUUACAGUAAAAAACUAAACCUGUUUUGGUUACUGAAAUACUUUGAACCUGACAUAAGCAGUUAAAAACAAAUAAUAAAGAAAUAGAAUUAAAAUUCAUAUUAUUAUUAAACUGGUCCUGAGACAGAGGAUGGCAUCCUUCAUCUUUUAUUAUUAUUAUUUGUAUAUAUUUAUGUUGUCACUUUUUCAACUAUGUGCUGUAAACAAAUUAAUAAAAUUCUCCUGAAAUGUA